AUGUGUAUGCAUUUGGUGUACUUGCUUUGGAAGUUGUGGGUGGAAAAAGACCAAAAAAUGUGUAUCCACAAGAGGAUUAUAAAAAAUAAUAUUGUGUAUUGGGUUUGGGAGCUUUAUGGAAAAGGGAAAAUUGUUAGUGUUAUUGAUAAAAGGAUAUGUGUUGAUGAAGAGGAUGAUGAGAUUGAGAGGAUAACAUUGGAAGAAGUUGUAAUUGUGCUUAUUUUUGGAUUGGCCUGUUGUCAUCCAAUUCCAAAUGAAAGGCCAUCAAUGAAAACUGUUUUGAUGAUUCUAAAUGGAGAAGCUUCUCCUCCAACUGUUCCAUUGGAAAAACCUGCUUUUGUUUGGCCUGCUAUGCCUUCAUCUUUCAAAGAAGGUGAAGAUGGUUUUCUUAUCAAUGGAACUCUCACUCCAUUCUCUCAACUUAGUGGAAGAUAG